AUGGCUACAUUAGAACAGCUCAACCAGGGUGUAAAUAUCCUUGGUAAUGUUACUGAAGCUCAAAAGAAGAUCCUUACACCCGAAGCUACUGGCUUCGUUGCUCUUCUUCACAGAACAUUCAAUGGCACAAGAAAGUCUCUGCUGCAGAGGAGAGUGAUCAGGCAGCAGGAGCUAGACAAGGGUGUCAUCCCAGACUUCCUCCCAGAAACCAAGCACGUUCGAGAUAACAAGACAUGGCGAGGCGCACCACCAGCCCCAGGUCUUGUCGACCGAAGAGUUGAAAUAACAGGCCCAACCGAUCGAAAGAUGGUCGUUAAUGCUCUGAACAGCAAUGUGUGGACAUACAUGGCCGACUUUGAAGAUUCCUCUGCACCAACAUGGGACAAUAUGAUCAACGGACAGGUGAACCUGUAUGACGCCGUACGAAAGCAAGUGGACUUCAAGCAAGGAGAAAAGGAAUACAAACUUCGAACUGAUCGAGUACUACCUACACUGAUUGCAAGAGCCAGAGGAUGGCAUUUGGAGGAGAAGCACUUCACUGUUGAUGGUGAGCCUGUAUCAGGCUCGCUCUUCGACUUCGGAUUCUACUUCUUCCACAAUGCACAAGAGCUCGUCAACAGAGGCACUGGUCCAUAUUUCUACCUGCCAAAGAUGGAAUCUCACUUAGAGGCCAGACUAUGGAACGAUGUCUUCUGCCUCGCUCAAGACUACAUUCACAUGCCACGAGGUACAAUCCGUGGUACCGUCCUCAUUGAAACUAUUACUGCAGCCUUUGAGAUGGACGAGAUCAUCUACGAACUGCGCGACCAUAGCUCUGGAUUGAACUGUGGCCGAUGGGAUUACAUCUUCAGUGUCAUCAAGAAGUUCAGACAAAACCCAGCAUUCGUGCUACCGGAUCGAUCAGCCGUUACCAUGACUGUGCCUUUCAUGGAUGCUUAUGUCCGAUUACUCAUCAAGACCUGCCACGCUCGUGGUGUCCACGCUAUGGGUGGUAUGGCAGCACAGAUUCCAAUCAAGGACAACCCAGAAGCCAACGAGAAGGCCAUGGACAAUGUCCGACAGGACAAACUUCGUGAGGUCCAAGCCGGACAUGACGGCACAUGGGUUGCUCACCCAGCCCUAGCAGCUAUUGCCUCUGAGAUCUUCAAUAAGCACAUGCCGACGCCAAAUCAGAUCUACAAUCGGCGAGAGGAAUACCAGGUCUCAGGUAAUGAUCUUCUGAACAUGAACGUUCCAGGUGGCAUUACUGAGGAGGGCAUCCGCAAGAACCUCAACAUUGGCCUUGGCUACAUGGAAGGUUGGCUCCGAGGUGUUGGUUGUGUACCAAUCAACUAUCUCAUGGAGGACGCUGCUACCGCCGAAGUAUCACGAUCACAAUUAUGGCAGUGGUGCCGACACGGCGUAAAGACGUCAGAAGGCAAGACCAUGACCAAGGACUAUGCUCUCAAAUUACUUCACGAGCAGGCCGAUGAGCUCGCGUCGAAGGCACAGAAGGGCAACAAGUUCCAGCUCGCUGCGAGAUAUUUCGAGAGCCAGGUCACUGGUGAGGACUACGCUGACUUUUUGACAAGUCUUCUAUACAACGAGAUCACCUCUGUUGGUCCUGCCCAACCUGCUGCGAAAUUGUAG